AGUCCGGCGGACUCUGAGGCUCAGCGAACUCCGCCCCGACUCCCAGCUGGUGCCAGCCUUCCCGCCGGUAUGCAGUGGGCCGUGGGCCGGCGGUGGGCAUGGCUCGCCCUGAUUCUGGCUGCCGCCGCGGUGCUGACCCAGGUCGUCUGGCUCUGGCUGGGUACGCAGAGCUUUGUCUUCCAGCGCGAAGAGAUCGCGCAGUUAGCGCGGCAGUACGCGGGGCUGGACCAUGAGCUGGCCUUCUCUCGGCUGAUCGUGGAGCUGCGGCGGCUGCACCCAGGGCACGUGCUGCCCGACGAGGAGCUGCAGUGGGUGUUUGUGAACGCGGGCGGCUGGAUGGGCGCUAUGUGCCUUUUGCACGCCUCGCUGUCUGAGUACGUGCUGCUCUUCGGCACCGCCCUGGGCUCCCGUGGCCAUUCGGGGCGCUACUGGGCUGAGAUUUCCGACACUAUCAUCUCUGGCACGUUCCACCAGUGGAGAGAGGGCACCACCAAAAGUGAGGUCUUCUACCCAGGAGAGACAGUUGUGCAUGGGCCUGGAGAGGCAACGGCUGUGGAGUGGGGACCAAACACAUGGAUGGUGGAGUACGGCCGAGGAGUCAUUCCAUCUACCCUGGCGUUUGCUCUGGCUGACACUGUCUUCAGCACCCAGGACUUCCUCACCCUCUUCUAUACCCUUCGCGCCUAUGCCCGGGGCCUCCGGCUUGAGCUCAACACCUACCUCUUUGGCCAGGACCCCUGACCAGCCAGGCCUGAAGGAAGGACCUGUGGAUGGAAAGGCACGGGCAGGCCCACACACAUCCACUUAUUGGAGCCACGUGCAUAUUAAUGCAAAUAUUAAAUUCCUGCUGUAUGAGGAAGGACAUACAUGCUUAUACAUGUACACAGAGCUCUUUGGGAACAAAUGAGACAUAGAGAUGGCUGAAGACCUGUGUGUACUGCAAGAUCAUGCACUCACAUCCAUCCAGAGAGGGUCCUCUACGUAUAUACCAAGGGGGCUAGUCAUAUGUGAACACAUAUCACAAGCUUGACUCACUGACUCAGGCCUUUCCAGAGCUUCCUACCAGCAUUGAGGGCUCUGGGGGUUAGGAUGGAGAUAGAUCUUCCACUCUGCCUCACUCUGACUCUUCAGUCCAUCUCAGGUGAGGGAAAAGAAGAGCUGCCCUUUGGAGGCCCUCUCGACCUGCAGCUAUGAUACCCUUCCCCUUCAUCCCCCCUUUUCUCACCAUAUGCCUUAUUGCCAUUCCAUUCCCCUGCUAUGCAAGUGCCCCUGUGGCUUGUCCCCCAUACCCUCAGCAACCAACUUAGCUGGGAAAGCAGAGGAAUGUACAGAAUGCUGAAGAAAGGUCCUCUAUCUCAGAGACCCCUAUCUUUCCUUUGGGGGUAUGAUGGGAAAGCUGCCGCCCUACAUCCAGGGCUGGCCACUGAGGAGAGGACCUGGAAAAGUGGGCCUGGGUCAAAGGAGCCAUCUCUGACCAAAAGAAGGCUUUGUGUGUAUGUGCACACCCAUCAGUUUCCAGACAGUUCUGCUGUGUUCUCUGUCUACAUCUCUGUCAAUAAAAACUUGUUAAACAAUUCAA